GUCCAAAUUUGUUUUUUUGUUAGGCCCUGUAGAAUGCAGCUGCUGUUCACCUCCCUUCCUUGAACAAUCUUGCCUAAGUCUAUGUCUAGCUGUGCUGCGCAUGCGCAGAUAUGUCAAUAUAUACACGCGGCUAGGGGCCGCGGCGCUUUCCUGCUCGCUGUCGCCCAGGGAAAGAGCUGGCGAUGGCACUGCGAAGCUUGUUCUACGUUUUCUUCGUGGCAAUGUCAGUAAAGAUUGUUGACAACCAGUGCACUGACACAACCAGUAACGUUUCAAUCUCACUGAGUGAACACACACUGUGCCCAUCAAAACCAGUGACUGCUCGAUGUACAGUGAAGAAACCUGCCGACAGCGAAGACAUUUUCCUUGUGUGGGAGUAUACCUCUCCUGAUGGAAUGAAAUUUGAAUGUACUGUUUUAUGUCAUCAAACAGAUGUUGUUUGUAACUUUGGAGAGGUCAAAGGUGUAGAUUGCACUUGUGAUGAAACCGAGAUAACAUCUGAAGCUACCAUAUACCCAACCUGUAUGUCUGGUGUAAAUCUCUUUUGCAGUAAUGGUGGUAUGGAACAGAAGGUUUCGUUUUCAGUAAAAGAUCUAAAGAUGCCAUCACUAUCACUAAUGAAUGAGAGUGUGACUAAAGUCGAUGAUGGUUAUGAAGUGACAGUAAUCUGGUCAGAGGAUGAUUGUACCUCUCAUGAUGUUCAAUACAUUCUCUCAGUUUCAUCUCCUGAGAUCAUGAAUUAUCCUACAAACUUGACACAAAUGAAUCUAACCCUUUCUGAAGGCAUUGAAUAUACUUUGACUGUCACUGCUACCCUGUGUGGUAAAAGCCUAGCUAGCAAUAAACUGUCACUUAAUUUUGGAGGUAUGUCAAUAUAAAAUAUUUGCAUGCAGGCAAUUGUGUUUUGUGCAUUUAUUAAAGGUAAUAAAAUUAUUCCACAAUCAGUUGUCAUCAUGUCAUGCUAAACAGGCAAUACAGGUCCUUCACCAGUGAUGCCGAUGCCCACAGAUUCAUCAGACAGUGGUAUGUAUAUACAAUAAUCAGUCACUCCAAUUGUGGGUGGUUCACUUGCUGGAGUAUUAGUUUCAAUUGGCAGUUUACUGUGUGGCUUGAUUGUGUGGCGUUACAGGGAAAAACUUGGUUGUGCUAAAUUACACGAUAUUGAACCUCUGCACAUUCCGGGAGUUGAGUUGGAAGAGGCUGAGCGAAACCAAAUCUCCAUAAGGAGGGAAGAAUUAAAGUUAAAACGAAGCG